CAAUUAUUUGUUGGAGUAUUAAAAACUGAAGGUCCUAAAUCUUUGUAUCUGGGAUUAACACCUGCAUUGACAAGGUGAAGUUGUGACUUUACCUGAUAUCUCAAAGGGAAAAUGGAUUUUGAAGCCAAAAGCUUUGGACAUGGGUUGCGAGAACUUGGCGGUGCGGUUGAUCUCAUAAAUCAGUACAAACUUAUGCCUCACUACGAACUUUUCUGUAGAAGGUCAAUUCCUUCAUCAAUAUCUGAGACACACUAUCUACAUAGUGUGGUUGGAAACCUUGAAAUCUGUAAAGGGGAAGGGAUGGAGUUGGAACAGCUCUUUCUAGAUGGCAAAUUUUUGCGAAAAAGUGAUGCAUGUAUUCGUCCUUUUAAUCUGAAUGCCUUAGAUGAUGCCUUUCAUAUGGGGGAUGCCACUUCAGUUAACCUUUCUCUUGCAGAGAAAGGGAUUCCUACUACUGUGGCAAAGGUUAAGAGUAAGUUGGAAGAAAAGGUGACGAAACGCAAAAGGCUCGGUAGCAAGGAUAAAACAACUAAGGAUUGUAAGAAGCAGAAAUCCUUGCAUAAGAAUAAAACUUAUCAGAAGGAAAAGAAUAGCAACUUUUCUAGUGGCUCUAAUCUUGAGGACUUGAAGAAACAAGGAGAAAAGAGAGGUGGACAGAGAGACUACUGGAGUCAUUUGAGAUGAAAGUUGGUUCUUAUUCUUUAAUUCGUUAAAAGAGACCCAUUUUUUUUUUCUUUCUUUUGUCUUUGUAAUGACUAACCUUUUACUUCAAAAUUUCUUUUCCUAAUAUGCCGGUUUU